GGGUUAAGGAAGCAGGGCUUUAAAAGCACAAGUGUUUAGGUCACAGGUCUCACUUUAGGGAGAACUGUGUUGGGCACACACCCACAUCAACAACACGCCAACACACAGGUAGACCUUGACACUUUGGGAAUAUGGCUUCCAGCACCUCCAGUAACCCUCUGCCCAGUGGCACCAGUGUGUUCACCACUGUUCCAGACCUCUUCUUCAUCCCUGAGUUUAUAUUCGGAGGUCUGGUGUGGACUCUGGUGGCCUCCACAAAAGUGCUGAUUGCGAACCCUCAGGGCUGGGUGAUGUUUGUCUCUGUGUUCUGCUUCAUCUUCACUACCCUGUGGUUCCUCAUCUUCAUCAGUGGAGCCAAUAAGAGCAGCAUCUGGCCUACACUGGAUGUUGUGUAUCAUUCCCUUGCAGCCUUCUUCUACCUCAGUGCAGCAGUGGUACAGGCCUACAUCACCAUUAGUCUGAAAUCAGUUACCAGUACUUUCUUCAAAGAAUACCAAUUGGAUAUUGCUGCAGUGGUGAUGUGUUAUGUGGUGACUCUGCUCUACGCCCUCCAUGCCAUCUUCUCUAUGAUGAGAUGGAAGAGUUCCUCAUGAAGACCAGCAUCCACAAGACAACAGACAAUGGGGAAACAGACAUUAGCGAAGGCUUCGUAUUGACAUCAAUUGUAAUCUAUCUUUAUUUCUACAUUAUUUUCUUCCUGCAAAUACCGUAAACCAAUUUGGAGUGAAAUGCAUAUACAGUAUAAAUAAAAAGAUAAAUAAAUAUAUUUUAUACUUAA